AUGCUGAUGUGGCAGCUUUUUGCCAAAAAAAGCUUUCUGCUGACGGACGUUAAAUUCGUGUAUCAAGUUGUCAAGAAUGUAAAGGUCAUGUAUUUAUUUGCCAAGGGAUCUUUUGGUUUCUUUCAGGAAAGCAACCGGGCAAAAGCCACAGAGGAUAAUAUUUUACAGGGAACAAGCCGACCUGCUCAUUACCAUGUCCUAUGGGACGAGAACAAUUUUACUGCCGAUGGAAUUCAAUCUCUAACAAACAAUCUCUGUUAUACAUAUGCAAGGUGCACGCGUUCUGUCUCAGUGGUUCCCCCGGCUUAUUACGCGCAUUUGGCUGCUUUUCGGGCAAGAUUUUACAUGGAACCUGACACGACUGAAAAUGGCAGUAGUCAAAGUGGUAAGGUCAACGCACGAGCAGCUGACUGGGACACGGUGACCGUAAACAAUCUUAACGGCACAUCAUGUAAACAACAUUACUUACCAAAAUACCGACCGCCAUGUUCGUCGGAGAAGUCUUUGCCAAAAAAAGUUCAUGUCACCGGUCUGCCACUUACCGCAGGCACAUGCUGCGGUCACCGUCUCGCCAAAGCCGUGUCGUGCACGGCGCUUCGACAACGCAGGCAUGAGUUGAACUCAUUGCCGUCGCCUAAUGUGUCCGCUAUUGUGCGUCUCGACACCUCGUUAAGUAUUUUUACCGGAGUGGAAUCGAAAGAUUCGUUCCCCGGGUCGUAUCGCAAGGAAGGUCGCGAGUCGCGAGUAACGCGUCGUCAAGAUCUUCAAUUUUUGGGGUUUGGUCGCGACAUCACUCGCGAGUCGCGACUUCAUCUCGCGAGUCACGACUGCAUGUCGCGAGUCGUGACUCGUGCUCGCGUACUGCACCUUAAGGCUCUCUUUUUUUCGCGGGUCGCGGCAUUGUCGCGAGUCGCGAGAUAUGCUGGGAGCAACUUUCAGUCCGUCCUUCAGUCCUCUUCGUCGUUUUCUGGGCUCGGCCAUAGGAAUUCUCGAUAUCACGCACCACCGGCGCCUGUCACUUGCACCGUCGACCGCGGGUUCGCGGUUGGCUCCGCCUCGUCGGGAUAUACCAGUCGCCAUCGUCUUGAUCGUCUAGUCUCGAAAUAUGCCCGGAAAUGCGUUGGAGAUGGAAUCGGGACGAAAAACGGCGAAAACGGGUGCAGAAGAGGUCACACGACUCGUGUGGGUAGUGACACGGCCUUUCUCGACAUGGACGAAUCUCACAUUCCAUUCGGUAGAUAUUGUUCUCUAUCGGCGAGAGUUAUUCGAGAGAGUACACGGUUAGAGGAAGAAUUUCGAGCUAUGGUGGAUAGGUUUGCCUCUUUGAAAGAGAUGGGCCUCACUCUCGUUUAUGACAGGACUCAACCUCUUCACACGAGUGAGGACAUCGAUGAGUUGAUUGUUAAAGAAAUUUCCUCCCUUGCCGAUCCGGGCUCGCAAUCUAUAUUAGGUACGUCAACUCUCUCUUUCGGUGAUAGUGCUUUGGGCUUAAAUUCUAUUGUUGAGGAUGAGUGUAUGGAUUCAGAAGUUGAUAUGGUGAAUGGCAUGGGAGAUGAUUUAUUGGAGGAUUCGAUUGUGUAUAACCGAUGUGAUAGUACUCGGGAGGAUGAUUUCGAAGAGGAGGGAGCGGAAGCUUCGUUCUCAAAGGAAGGCUCUUCGGAGCUUCGUUCACUAUCUAGUCGUCAAUUCACACAACCGAAAAUAAGGUCCUAA